UAUUAUUUGAUUGUAUAUGAUUGUAUAUGUAUAUGUAACAGUUUUAUCUGAUUUUCUAUGAUUAGUGAAAAAGAUUAUCCACUUGAAGAUUCCAGAGAAGAUAUUGACAGUCUAGCAAGUAUAAAGACCCCUCCAGAAUCUCCUGCCAAGAAAAGGUUGCGGAGGGAAACUGAGACCUGGAUACCAGAUGAAAGUGUACCGCCAACAUGUUUUAAAAGUGAUAAUAAUCAGCCCUUGUACUUCAAAGGAAAGCUUCCAGAGAUAUCACUUGAUGACUGCAUGACUAUUCUGUCAAUGGAGUAUUCCAAAGAUUACAUUUGUGUACAUCAACCCCUCCAUGUCCAAGAUAAGUACUUCUUCAGUAAAGAUACAGGAUCUUUCAUCAGAUGA